GUACAUACCUAUAUGUAACGAAAAUCUGCGCAGGCUGAAAAUCGAUUUUAAUGUUUACAAAUUUCCUUUCAUAGCAACGCGACGGUACAAAAAUUGGUUGUGUAUACGUUAUAUAUUAGCUUAAAGAAUCCUUUAAUCAUGGAGGAAGAAAAAAGUAAAGAAGAACAAGAAGACUGGAAAGUUUAUGAAGCGCUGAGGUGUACGGAGAUGGAUCCAGAGAUAGGCAAUGAUAUAGUUACUGCUCUUAGAAGUGAUUUAGCGGGAUUACAGUAUAAGCGCAAUAAAUUAAUUUCAGAGAACAGUGAUUUAAAAAACCAAAUGUUGUCACGAGACCAGCGUAUAUUGGAACAACAAGUAGAAAUAGAUCAUCUUCGCGAGCAAAAUGCUCGUCAGAAUGCUAUCAUAUCAUCACUCAAAAAGAAAAUUCAAGAUUUGGAAGAGUUCAAUCGUAAUUUGCAAUCGUCGCAAGGUAGAAGCGAUUUGACCGUUCAAACCCUACAGAGAGAUAACCGAUAUUGCGAGGAAAAGAUAAAAGAUUUAGAGAAGAAGCUAAGGUCUCUCGAGUUGGAUUGUCAUAAUGAGGAACAACAAAAGGAAAAUGCUCGGUGUCAGUUUCAUGACCUCAUCAGAAGGUUGUCUGUGGCUUUGGACGUGGAGUUUUGCGACACAGCUCACACGCAUUCGCCUGAAAGUUUAAUUAUAAAAGCGGCAGAACUGGUUCAAGAUAUAACAAGAUUAAAAAGCAAAUGCAUGAAUACAACGGAGAACUUAUCAACCAUCGAACAGGAUUUACGCAGUUGUCGUGAUAGUUUGGAAAGGGCCAACUCUGAUAAAGACAUUCUCCAAAGACAACUCUCUUCGCAUCUUCUUGACAUUGAGCGAUUAAAACAAGAAAAGGAGUCUCUGGCGGUAUCCAAUAGAGUUUUAGAGAGAGAACUCCAUGAGGCGCGAGAAAAAUUUUCUCACUGUUCGAAAAAUUUAAACGUCGUAACGGAUAACGUGAAUCAAAAUGAAUCAAUGAUUAUUCAGUUAAAAGAGGACUUACGACAUCGAGAUGAAAAAUAUCAAAGAUUACAAACAGAGUUUCGUAAUACUAUGGAAUCUAUUGCAAUCCUGCUAAGCCUGCCAACUCGCUUCGUUGAAGCUCAUGAGAGUACUAUUAAGGACCGAAUUAGAGAAAUACUUAGCGAUAAUAAAGAUAAAUCAGUGCAACUUGAAGCUUUCCGAGACAAAUUGAACCUGGAAAGCCAGCAGCUAGGCAGGACGGCACACUUGCACGACCAAGCUUCCACUCGCGUGAGAAUUUUAGAGGAUGAAAGAAACAUGCUUGAAGGCAAAGUGCAUAAGCUGGAAUCAGAACUUAAUGCUUUGGAACUGUCUAAGGAUAACUUGCGAAAAGAUAAAGCAAAUUUCGUUGCAUUCCUUGAGCGACUAAGCCGAACUCUCAAUAUGGAUGAGUUAACACAAGACAUCGGUAUUGAACUCCACACUGAGUCCAUUAUACAUAGGGCCGAGCAACUGGCGAGACUCGAGAGCGAUAAAAUUGUAGACAAGACCGCAGUCGUUUAUCAACUGCAACGUCGAAUACGUAUUUUAAGAGAACAACUUCAGAGGAAAGACUUACAUUUAGACUUACUGCGUCGGAAGCUUAGUGUUCAAGACGAGAGUUCUCGAGUUCGAGCCGUGCUUCAAGCUGAAAGGGAUGAAGCAAUGAGCCGUAGCAAGAAGCUAGCUCGCCAGUGUGACAAGCUAAAUGUCCAACUGAGUGAUGCUCGUUCCCAACUUCGCGAUCUUAAUGCACAACUGGCUGAUGCUGCAGAAUACAAGAUUACAUCGCUUGAACGAGCCAGGAAGAUCGAAGAGCUGCAAAAGAAGAUAGAUGAAGCUGAACUAUUAAGAGCUCGGUAUAAUCGCAAGGUCAGCGUUCUGAAAGACCAAGUACGAGCUACUGGGGAGACCUUCGAACAAGAGAGAACCAGUACGGAGCACCAAUUAAGUAUUCUAAGAGAUGACCUAGCCAGGACCAAAGAGGCACUCGUGGAAUGUCAGAGGCGGGAGGCACAAUUGCAAAGCUUUAGGCACUCCAUAGCAAAGCUACUAGGUAUACUCGUUCCAUCUUCUGUGUCAGACUUUGAGAUGGUAUCUCGACUGCAGAAGUUAAUAGAUGCUCAUCACGACUUCACAACAGUGUCUCGACGGUACGACGACCCUGCCUUAUUGAGGGCUUCCUCAAGGUCACCUCCACCUUCUAGGUGUAGGACAAGGACACCUGAUAGGUCCCUCCGCUACGACGACUCUGGUUACGCGGAUCCCGCGUUCGACCUCGAGGACGAACUAUACAAGAGUCGAGCCCCUUUGUGACAGUCGCGACGUCGCGCCCGCUUCUAGUCUUGAAGAUGCUGAGGCGCACAUCAAAUACAUCAUUUUUACUUAAACAACAUGAGACGCUAUGAUUCGUUACUUAUUCAUUAAA